AUGGGAUUACAUAAAAAUUACCUAAAAGUCGGUCAAAAUGCGGGCAAUCAAAUAUUUGGAAUACCGCGCGUUACACGCGGCUCAACUCCUUUAUCGAUGCUCAUCUCCUAUGGAGCUAAAUUUAACAGUAACCGCUGUGCUGUGAUAGUAUUUGGUAUAAUUACUUUAAUAGCUGGUGUCAUAUUAGCUAGUGUGCCCUGGUUAAAUUAUUUUAUUUUAAAGAAUUUACGAUUAUGGAAUGAUACAUUAAGUUUUCAUUACUGGCAACGGCCAGGUGUUAUAAGAUUAACAAAAGUCUAUAUUUUUAAUGUUACAAAUCCAGAAGGAUUUCUCAAUGGUGAAAAGCCGAAAUUAGUUGAAGUAGGACCAUUUGUCUAUAGAGAAGACAUGGAAAAAGUAAAUAUAAAUUUUUAUGACAAUUACACAGUGUCGUAUCAGCAUAACAAAAUAUUACAAUUCGUGCCGGAGCUGAGUGUCGAUCAGAAUCUUCGGCUAACUACAGCGAAUAUACCGCUACUGACGCUAACGACGCAAAGUAAACACCUUACAUAUAUUAUGAAAAAAGGAAUAUCGUUUGCGUUAACGGCGGCACAGUACAAACCAUUUGUGUCUAAAACAGCGGAUGAGCUGGUGUUUGGCUAUGAUGACACGCUGGUGGCACUGGCGCAUCGGUUUUAUCCGAGGAAUAAACGACCGCUAGAGCAAAUGGGACUACUAAAUGGACGUAAUGGAACGCUGUCGGAGAUAUCAACCAUUAAUACUGGAAUGGGUGAGGAUGGAAUGCACAAAUUUGGAUAUCUCGACCGCCUUAAUGGACUUGAUCGACUGCCACAUUGGAGACAUAAGCCAUGUAACAAUAUCUCAGCAUCUGAAGGAUCUUUCUUCCCACCUCGUGACAUUACCAAAUCUGAUAGAGUUUAUGUUUAUGAUAAGGAUUUGUGUCGUGUUAUUCCUUUGGAUUAUGUUAAGCCUGUCGUUAAGGAUGGAAUAAGUGCAGAUUUAUACCAGCUUCCAAGGGACGCUUAUGGCGGUAGCAACAAAGACAAUAUGUGUUUUAACGAAGAAGAUUAUGCAGCAGAAGAUGGUCUUCAAAACAUUAGUCCGUGUCAGUAUGGUGCACCAGUGUACAUCUCAAAUCCUCAUUUUUAUGAGUCAAACCCGAAAUUUCUAAAAGAUGUUGAAGGUCUCGAGCCAAACAGAGAUCUUCAUGAAACUUAUUUCAAAAUUCAACCGCAAUUGGGCGUCCCUGUCGAAGGCAAAGUUAGAGUUCAGCUAAAUUUACGAGUUGAGCACGCACCAGCCAUAAAGUGUGUUGAAAAAUUUCGUGAUUUUCUCUUUCCAAUCAUGUGGCUUGAAGAGGGCAUUAGUGAAUUAACGCCACCAAUUCGCCGCUGGAUUUACCUUGGAACAGUCUUUGCUCCAACAGCAAUUCCACUUUUUUCAUAUGGUAUGGUCGUUGGAGGUGCAUUCAUCAUAAUCUUCGUAUUCAUCCAAGCAUACAAGAAUUUCGUAUUUUCAAGUGAUCCAACGAUCGAAAUCCUUGAGAUGGGUAGACGAUCACUAAGACGUGGAAGUAGUUUACUCAUUACCGGACCACACAAAAUUCUCGUUCACCAGAGAGAUCAUUAUCAUCUGUUGAAGGAGCCAAAAGUACAUCAUACACAUACAAAUCAUCACGUGAAACCAAUGAAGACGAUCAACUCGUCCAGUAGUAAUGAUGAUGAGGAUUCGCCGUCAUCAUAA